GGCCCUCCCUCUUGCCCACACACACCCCCCCCUCCCGUUUAGGAGUUCGGCCCCGGGCUCCAUUUUGCAUUGUGCGGCCACACCUGGAGGCCACACCCGGGGCUGGGCAGGCUCCGGGGGAGGGAGGCCGUGGCCAUGGAGGGGCGAGGAGCGAGGCUGGGGGCGCUGCUGCUGCUGCUGCUGCUGCUGCUGCUGAUCUGCUUUGAUGUUGGAAAAGGACUGCACUUUGAGAUAUUAAAAUCCCGAGAAGGCAAGGGUUGGCGAUCUCACCGGACUCACUUGGGGCGACAGAAACGAGAGUGGAUCACUGCGCCGGUGACCCUUAUGGAAGAGGAGGAUUUGUCUGAUAAGAAUCCAAUUGCUAAAAUACAGACUGAUCAUGUUCAGAAUAAAAACCUAAAAGUUGAAUAUAGAAUCACUGGAAAGGGGAUAACAAAAGCACCCUUUAAUGUGUUUAACUACAGUAAAUAUACUGGAGAACUGUUUGUACUGAAAAAGCUUGACCGAGAAAAAGAAGCAAUGUAUCAGCUCACAUGUGUUGCAGUGGAUGAAAAUGACCACGUACUGGAAAAACCAUUAGAACUUCGAAUUAAAGUUCUAGAUAAAAAUGAUAACAGGCCAAAUUUCACAGAGAGUGUCUUUGUUGGACAGGUAGAAGAGUCAAGCCCUCCAGGUACAUCUGUGAUGCAGAUCAGUGCAACCGAUGCCGACGAGCCCAAUACUCUUAAUUCCAGAAUCACAUACAUGAUCUCCCGGGUGUCUGACCUUCAAAAACCCUUUAAAAUUAAUAAUGAGACCGGCGAAAUUCGAACACUUGGAUCCCACUUGGAUAGAGAGACACAGAGCAGUUACACUCUGACUGUGGAAGUGACAGACCUGCCUGGAAACAUAGGCAGCCAUCCACCUAUCACAGCCCAAGCAUUGAUCAAGAUUUUGGAUGUCAAUGACAAUUUUCCCAAAGCAGAAGAAGAGAUGUAUGAAGGAACCAUUGAAGAAAAUCAAGUAAAUGUGACAGUAAUGCGCAUAAAAGUAACCGACAAAGAUGAGAAGGAUUCCGAUAACUGGUUGGCAAAUUUUACAUUUGUCUCUGGAAAUGAAGGCAAUUACUUCCAAAUAGAAACUGACCCUGAAACCAACGAAGGAAUUAUCACUCUUGUUAAGAGUGUUGAUUAUGAAGAACUGGAAAAUAUCGACUUGAGUAUUCUUGUGACCAACAAAGCACCCUUUCACCCAUCACUUAAAUAUCGACCCAAACCAAUAUCCAUCAAAAUCAAGGUGAAGGACGUGGAUGAAGGCAUUUAUUUAAAAAACCCCUUCCAAGUAGUCCAUGUAAGAGAGAGCAAGGAGGAGACGCCGCCACUUAAUGUGAUUGGAAAAUUCGUAGCCUACAGCAGAGACACGGGAAAAAUAGCUGCUGCAAAAUAUGUCAAGGGAGAAGACAGAGGAGGUUGGAUUACAGUGGAUUCUGUUACAUCUGAAAUAAGAUUUGCGAAAGCCCCCGAUUAUGAAUCCAGAUUUGUGCAGAAUGGUGUUUACACUGUGAAGAUCUUGGCUAUAAAAGAAAGUUUACCUCAGAACACGGCCACUGGUACCCUGGAAAUUCACGUCGUAGACAUUAACGAUAACUGUCCGAAGCUUGUCGACCCGGUGAAAACUCUUUGCGAAGGUGAAGAAUUUGUGAACGUCACCGCUGUCGAUCUAGAUGACUUCCCCAAUAGUGCUCCUUUUACAUUCACGGUCAUCGAUGACCCUCCGGGAAUUGCAAACGUAUGGAUCAUUGGACAUCAAGAAAGUAACAGUGUGCUGCUGCAGCCCAAACACCUGAAGCUGGGCAGGAGUCAAGUCCAGCUCUCGGUGAAAGACAAUCAGGGCUUAAACUGCCCUGAAAAGCAGUUCCUCAAACUGACCGUCUGUCAGUGCGUGAGCGGGGGUGGCUGUCUCUACCCCCACAGAAGCCUGAACGUGCAGCUGGGGUCCGGCGCCAUCACACUGAUGAUUUUAGCUCUUCUGCUACUGCUGCUGGUGCCCCUCCUGCUGCUGGUGUGUCAGUGCGGGGAGAGGACCAAGGGCUUCACCGCCAUCACCGACGGACCUGUCGAGAUGCUGCGCUUAUGGAACAACGAAGGGGCGCCACCCGAGGACAAGUCUCUGCCACCAGUGCUCCUAGAUCACAACGAAACCUUCUCCAGGACAGAAGCCAGACUGAACAUCACAGAGAUCGAUACGUCCGCUGGGAAAGGCAGGCUGACCAUGGCGAAUGGAGGAUGGGAGGAGCACGCUGGAUUCGUGGGAACAAUCAACUCCAAGAUGUCCGAUGGAGCCAUGAAGCCCUACGAGUACCCGGGAGCUGCUACUGUCCAGAAUGAAGAAACUUUGAGAAAAUUCUUGGUUGAUAAAGCUGCCGCCUACGCUGAAGAGGACCAGGCUCACACGGCACAGGACUGCCUUCUGGUUUAUUCCCAGGAGGAGAACGAGGGGUCGCCAGCAGGCUCCAUUGGCUGCUGCAGCUUCAUCGAAGGUGACCUGGACGACUGUUUCCUGGAUGACCUGGGAGACAAAUUUAAGACUCUGGCAGAAAUCUGCUCGGAGUCCCUGCACGCGGCCUCUAGAGUGGCCGGGGCCUCGUGGUCAUCGUAUGACGAGCGGAGCAGGUCCGGGGCCGGGGCCUCUAGCCUCCCGGGGCCUUGGGCUGGGGCCGAAACCAACGCCGAAGCUCUGAGCCGCCAAGCGAUCGCCGAGAGAUCCUCGUCUCAGCAGGUUGCGGCGGCUCUCUCUCCUCCCUUAACCCUCGGCGUCAGGAACGUCACGGCCACCGACGCAGCCUACUCCGGCGCCAGUCUCCAAUCCCCACGCCACGGGGCCGAAGCCCACCCGGAAGCUCUGACCCGCCAAGUGAUCACCGAAACGUCCUCUUCUAAGCAAGCCAUGGCGUUCGCUCCAUCUCUUCCCGAGACGCGCGCAACUAGGAGUGCGUUGGCCACCGAGAUCUCCUACUCCUCGAGUCUCCAGCCCCCACAACCCUUGUCCGAGACCCACACGACGCACCAAGUGAUCACUGAGAUAUCUUCCUCUAAUCAAGGGGCGGCGUUCUCUCCAACUCUUCCCAGAUCCUUCCCCAACGGGAACGUCCUCGUGACGGAAAAAUCGUACACCUCCAGCUCCGGCCUCCAGCCCGGCACGCUGAUCCUCGAUUCUCAGCUCCCGCAGAAGCUGGUAGUGGCCGAGAGCGUCCUUGCUCCUGGCUCGAGAUUGGUAGAGAACAACAUCGUAGUCACUGAAACGGUGGUCAAUGACUGUGGUCCGGUGGGCAGUGUCCUGAGCGUCCAGGAUCUGGCCGAUUCCCGCUACGUCGUGGUGAGGGAGACAGAGAGCGUGCUCACGCCCACCUCCGCCCUGCCGCUCCCAAACUAGAGAUCGGUCCCUGCCGAUCGGAGCACCGACCGGCUCCUCCUCUAGUGACCCGAAAGGGCCGGAGCCAGAGGCACACCGGAAUCUAGGACAGCAUCUGGAGGUUGCAAAGGAAAACCGAUCUAUCUAUUCUCGUCUCUGCGGCCAAGCAGAAAGAGAGCCAGGAUGGCUGGCGGGGGCCGCUGCACCAGUCCCUCAGUAGCCUCUGGCCGGUGUGCUGAGGGCCAGGUCCUGAGGCCCUGCCCUAAAACACCAGUUUGGCUGUUUCCUCCUCUCACCCCCCCAGGUGUCGACCGGGCCACUUCAAGUUCCCAGCCACUUCCCUCAGUUCCCCUGACCCCUGGGGCCCAUCCUCACCUCCGCUCUCUCCCAUUUCCCUCAACUCCCCUUUCAUUCAGUCGUAUUUAUUGAGUGCUUACUGUGUGCAGAGCACUGUACU